AUGUCCGGCGUCUCUUCGACCGCUCUCAAUUCCCAGCAGGGCCAGGGGACCCGCCAGUCAACACGGCAGACGCGCACAAAUCCAUCUCGAACUUCCAAGACAACCGGAAGGUCUUCGUUUGGUCUGGGCCGUGGACAAACCGCAGAAGUGCCUUCAACGACCCCUGUGCCCCACGGCUUCUACCCAGCGCUUACGCACUUUACGGACGCGAUCACUGCGCUACCACGCGAAUUUCGCAGACACAACUCGCUGUUAAAGGAAGUCGAUGCCAAAGCGUGGGCGCUCGAAGAAAAUCUACUGCAGCUCUUGCAAAUCUCCUCAGAGUCGCAACCCGUACCUCAUCCUGCUCACCCGGCUCCAAUUGUUGGAGGUGUAGUGCGAGAGGAUGUCAUACCAAAGGACUUUGCCCAAGCUCCAGAAUCGACCGAGAGCAAGAACCGUCGCCUCCUCUUUGAUCGUGUACGACAGAGUUUGACUGACCUGAUGAUGACCGCCGAUGAGAAGAAUCACGUCAUUUCAAACGCGAACGAGGAACUCGAUCGCCAGGUCAUUCGCCUAGACACCGUGUUUCCCUACAUUGCCGGCGAGAUCAGUGAUGAGGCUCGUCUGGGUAGUCUGACACACUGGGCAUAUUCUAAUAAAAGCGCAGCGAAGGCUGCCACGAAUGAGCGCCCGCGUCGGGAGGCUGUCUCUCAGCGACAGGACCUCUCGCACGUACUCCACGAGGCCGAAGCGGCUAGUCGGAGCGAGGCCCGGCGGGAGGCUGUCCGCGCUCGUGCUCGAAAGCCAAACGCUGAUGCAGAUUAUGAGGAAAGCCGUGCGCCCCGGAAGACCAACUCGGGGAAGCCCCGCGGAGAAAAUGCGACGGGUGAAAACGCGGCCCCCAAGCGGCGCAAGGUUGAACGACCGGCAACCACCGAAGGAAGUGCGCCUAUGGAGCGCUCGGCGAGUAACACUGGCGGUCAGCGCGGCGCCAACAAGGAAGGUGGCGAGAAGAAGAGGUCUCGCGCUCCCAAUCCCAAUGCGGGGGCCGCUCGCAAGAAGACCGUCGUCACUUCCAAUGCAGGUUCUCCUGUUCUGGCCCCUUCGCCUCUUAUUGGCACUUUCAACAAUCCUGCGCGCAGUGCUGCAAGCCCUGGGCCCAACACCACACGCCCGCAGUCGUCGAGGGCCCAACAGAAUGGCGCUUCAACGAACAGUUCUCGACAGCGACCCUCCUCGUCUGCUUCGACUCGCGUCAAUCAGUCAAACUCUGCCAAACCGGCAGAAUCAAAAUCAACAGCUCGCGAACCCAUCAAGAACGAACCCACCAUGAUCGAGUCCCGCAAUCUUGAAAAUGAGCCUGCAGGCCGACCCAACGUCUCUGUUGCAAGCAAACGCGAGGAAGAUCGGCCAGCCGAUGUUGUUGAGCCGGAAUCCGUACCACCAACGGCGACAACGACAACAACAACAGUUCCACCAGCAGUAGCAACAACGACAACAACAACAACGACCAGCAAAAGUCGAAAUUCCAAGACAACUACUCCUCAAUUGCCCACGGUCACCGAGCCGACGUCAUCUCGAUCAAGACCCACGCGAGGUCAAGAUCCGGCACCAAAACGUACAUCCAAGAAACCCGCAGUGCAACCCGUUAUUCCUUCAGAUGACGAAUCAUUGCAGGAGGGUGAUGACGAAGAUGAGGAGCAAGAGCCAAGGUACUGCUAUUGUAACGAGGUCAGCUUUGGCGAAAUGGUGGCCUGCGAUAACGAUAAUUGUCCACGAGAGUGGUUCCAUCUAUCAUGUGUUGGAAUGACGAAACCGCCUGGCAAGAAUGUGAAAUGGUAUUGCAAUGAAUGCAAAGAAAACAUGCGUCGAAGUCGCAAUGGGCGAUAA